CAUGUUAUCCUUGAAUGAAAAUGGCCUCCCCAUCUACCGCCAAACCCGAUAAUCAACUAGAACCAAUCGAUGACGAACUUACCGAGCCUAAGCCUGUGCUCAUGUGCCAACAUGAGGUUACUUUCGGAAUGGAAAGCUGGAUUUUCCGUAACGGUCUCCUCUGCAAAAAGACUAGUGACGGCACCCGCUGGCUCCGCUUCAAGAGAGAUAAGCCGGACAGGCCAGGGACAUAUACCAGGAACCAAAGAACCCAUAGUCCCAAGGGGAGCCUAAUCAUUCACUCUGACGGUCAAGACCCUGUCCCAGGCACAUGCAAAGCGAUGAUCCAUCCCCCCAUAACCUCUGAAUUAGAGUAUCGUGGCGAAAAUGGAAGAGAAUACUGGGUUGUCACGAGUCUAGAAAAACUAAUUUCCGGAUCCACGGAUUGUGCUUUCUGUUCCAUUCUCCUCCAGGGAAUUAACGAGUUUGCAGACGACUGGAAACCCAAAUGGGAUGAAUUGCGGUGGAUUGAGAGUCAAUUCGUGCAACACAAGCGUUUAGUCGACGAAAUACCAGAACAAUUUCCAGAACAGCCGGUAGAUGCAGAAGUAAUGAUUGUGCAUAUUACGUUUGGGAAAGGAAAGAGUAAGCUAGAAGUUAGUUUGCAGGUGCCUCCCAUCUCACAUGCGGGCUUGGGGAGAAAAGAGAACGUUUUUCAGCUUGAUUUCUAUUCUGACCCUGAAAAUCCUAGCCCCUGGAAAGCUUUCCCUCCAUCCCCUCAUAUUUCCUCCUUUGUCCUUUCAUCUCCGACCCUCGAUCUAUUCAGAGAUUGGAUCAAUGAAUGCCUCCAAAAUCACAAAAUUUGCAAUACAAUUCCCAAUGCACGUCCUCCCAGCCGCCUACUCCGGAUAAAUCUCGCCCCUGCGCCCGAAUACAGUAUCCCUACUCUUCAACUUUUUUACACUUCCGCUACUGAACAAUACACUUAUGUUGCAGUCAGUCACUGCUGGUCACACACACGGCCGCUCAAAACCACGGCCGCUAAUUUGGCGGCUCACCUCGCCUCUGUUCCUUGGGACUCUCUCUCACCUGUCUUCCGCGACAGUGUGUUGCUCUGCAUCUGCCUAGGCUAUGACUGCAUAUGGAUAGACUCCCUAUGUAUCUUGCAAGGGGAUGCGGUCGACUUUGUAGCCGAGGCGCCACAUAUGGGUCACAUCUAUGCACAAGCAGCACUCGUCAUCGCCGCACAUGGCCCUGAACUAUUCUUCAACCGUUAUGGAACAAAGCAGAUUCUAUCACCAUCCUUACAGCCAACCAUUGAUCCCGGUACCCCUGUGUUUGUGCGGAUGAACCCGCAACACGAAAACCUUUUCAACCCGGCUCAUGAUACCAAGUCCUACUGGGGACGCGCGUGGUGUUUCCAGGAACGGCUGUUCGCGCAGCGGAUCCUACAUUUUGGGGGAGAUUACGAAGAGUCGUAUUUUGAAUGUGGCGAAAUGAUAGAUUGUGAAUGUCAGAGGGUCUUGCUACAGGAGAGAAUUGGAGGCCUUCAGAGCACGUGGUCUCAUUUAAAGACGCUGUUACCCAGGGCGUUGAGGGCGUUUGACGACGCUGUUGCUUCCUCGUCUCCUUCCACUUCAUCUCAGUCUGCAUCAACAACUGAAACUGCUUCUGAAUCUAAACCUGGCAAUGUUGGGGCAGUGCCAUCUAUGGCGGGAAGAGAAUACUUCGAGAAAACCCGGAACAACCUCUGGGAAGCAAAUGCCGCCCUCAUUGAAGAUUAUACUGCCAAAGGCCUCACAUACCCUACAGAUAUUCUACCGGCAUCCUCUAGUCUUGCAAAAUCCAUAAGCCCUAGAUUGGGGACAUACUACGCAGGACUCUGGUCACACAACUUUCUUCUUGGACUUCAAUGGGAGGCGUAUGAUACACGCAAGAGCUCACGUCACGCCACGGGAACCUAUCUGGCGCCCUCAUGGUCAUGGGCAAGUCGCAGUAGUGGCGUCGUGUGGUACUAUUACCCAGGAGCAAUCCCAACGUCACAGACACACGAACUCGCAGAGGUGCUGGAUGUUCAGUGUGAACUGGCCACGGACGACCCAUUUGGGCCAGUAAAAGCGGGCAAGAUGAGGAUUAGAGGAAGGACAACAGUUAUGUGGCUAGAUGAUGAAAAAGAAGAGAUACCACGUUAUGGGCCAGAUGGCAGGGUCCGGCUUCAUAAACCGGGGGCGGAGUGCUUUGUGGUGCUGGAUGCACAAGACGACUACGAAGAGUUAAGACUUAAUGAGGAGGUGAAGUGUUUGGAGAUUAUGAGGGACAGGAAAAGGACCCACGACGUGGUGUAUGCGUCGGGACUUGUAUUGAAGAGGGUGAAGUUGGAAGGGAGAGAGAAUAUAUGGAGAAGGAUCGGGUUUACAACCAUGACGACGGAGUGUUUUGAGGGACCGGAGACUGACGAGGCAGAAGAGCUAGUGAUUGUAUAGAACCAUGGCUGGACUAAGGUUUCUUCGAAAACUUGACCUAGUACAUGGUGCCCAGAUAAGAACCGAAGCCAUCGAUACGAUCUGCAAAGCCAAGGUGCUCAUGUAUAACUACCGAAGCC